UUGGCAUGCACUGGCUAUUUAAAACACAAACUCGUGCUCUUAAGCAUUAAAGGGUACUAAAUAGAACGUGCUUUUGAAAUUUCCACAAGGGCGCAAUGCAUGCAAUGUCACGAAAUUUUAGUAAACAUUACAAUGGCACGCGUUUCCAAGUGAAGCAAGAAGUUCCAGUGUCUUCAUAGUCCUUGAUCAUGAAUCCAUGAUUAUGAUCCAUACAUUACUACACGAUACAAAGCGAUGAAAGAACUGAUAAUGAACCAGGGUUAUAAAGACUACAGGAAAAGGAGAUUUUUUGACGGUUAAUUUGAAGAAGUUGAGUUUAUUGAAAAGAAUUUACCAACGGAAAUUAAGUGUACCAGGUUAUUGCAGUCUGACCACAUGGUAGCAGAAGACAACUUCAACCCCGUGGCAAUGGCCUCUUGUACUGAUGGGUUCCACUUCACCGUGCAGCACAUUCACAUGCGGCCCCAGAUGUUCCUGGGUGAGUCCUCCACGCUGGACGAAGUAUUUCUGUCAGGUCGACCCCAGGGUCACAAGGGGGUGGACUCCAUUAUUUCUCCAGAUGUGGAACUCCUCAUUGAGAAGGACAAAGAAAGUGUUUUAGACUCUUCGGAAGAGGGAGAUAUUUUAGGUCGCUCUGGACCAAGUUGUUACCAACUCUCCAUUUCAUCUGUGAUACUGAUCUCAAUUAUAUGCAUACUAGUCGUGACUUGCAGACAAUAUAUCAAAGAUCUCUUACUAUGGCUCGAACAAACAGACCCCUACAUAAGUGUAUUUAUUUUCCUCCUUCUCUUCAUAGUGACCUCCUUUCCGAUGGCCUGGGGGUACAUACUCCUCAUGGUGGCAGCGGGAUAUCUGUAUGGCUAUAUCUAUGGACCUAUAGUGGUAUUAAUAUGUGGGACUGUAGGUAUUAUUGUAGCUCAUUUAGUGAUGAAAAACUGCUGCCAAAACUUCAUCAAAAAGAGGUUCUAUAACAGUAAAAUGGAUGCUGUUAUCAAAGUGGUUCAGAGUUCUCAAGGAUUCAAGUUAAUAGCCUUAGCCAGACUUACUCCUAUUCCAUUUGGAUUACAGAAUGGACUAUUUUCACUAACAGAUAUACCUCUUUUGUCAUAUUGUGCUGCAUCCACAAUUGGAUUGCUGCCAACGACAGUGCUAAAUUGUUACAUGGGCUCCACCCUCCGAACCAUGAGUGAUGUUUUAACUGACCAAUCAAAUCAGGCUACUGGUUAUCUCAUACUGUCAGUUCAGAUCUUGUUAACAGUUGUGUUACUGUGGUUUGUCAUCAGAAAAGCUCGAUCAGAGUUAAAGAAAACAGUAGAGGGCCAAGAGAACCCAUGCAUAGAGCUCCCAGAAGUCACCAACCAUGAUGAUCACCAUAGCAACAGAAUAACAAAGAAAAUAUCUAAUGGUGUCAUACAUACAUGAUGCUUCUUGUAGUUUUGUUGUGUUGAACUACGUUUUUUUCACUGCUGCCUUCCUUUUGGGAGGAAUUCAUUUUGUUUGCCAUAAAUUUGGGUUGUGAGACUGCAUGGUGUUGUAUUGACAAGGACCCUGAUAAUAUGUAUGGUUUGUUUUUAGAGAAGUAAGAAGCACAAAAAAAUGCAAUUAAUGUUAAGUAUCUACAAGUUAUCUUAGGUCCUGUACCUGAUGUACUCCACAGUUGUAUGCAUAGGUCUCAGACCAUCUUCAGUAACUGAAUAACCUUCAUUUUCUUAUGCUACAUAUUUAUGUCAAUGUUUUAUAA